AAACAAUAAAAUUACAUUAGUUUAACACUGAAUAUACUUACAUUAAAUGUAAUUUUUCUCUUCAUAAUAUUUUAUAUCAACAUUAACCAAAAUAAGUUUAAUUUAAUUUAAACAUACUGUUUUUUUAAAAUUAAGGUUUUCACAACGCUGUCCUCAUUUUUCUCGGUUACUUUUAUAGAUUGACAUGUUUCAGUCUAGGACUAUAUGUUGAUGGCGAAAUCCUAGUUCUUUCCACGCUGUUAGUUAGUCGGUUUUAUUUAUCCAGAAAGUGCAUUUUGUUCACGAGAAACACGCCACACAGUGGUGUAUAUUUAUCUUAAGAAUUACAUAUGCUUUAUACAAAUCUAUUUAUUAUAUCCAAAAGAACAUCUCUAAUUGAGGACAGCAUUUAACGGUCAUAUCAAAGCAUAUAAUGUUGAAGAAUAAAAUUUAUUUGUUGCAAGAUCCAUUUUUUGUGUGUUGAUGACCGCGGUAAAUAAUUUCUUCGUUGGUGGAUUUAAGAUAAAACGGAUUGAUAGGUUCGUUCAUAGCAUAAUGCUGCUAUGAAAUAAGACCGUCGCAAAAGGAUUAUAGACGUUAGUGUGAUGUACCCACACGUCGCGACAAAAGUCAUAACGACAGCUAUCGCUUUUUGUAGUUGCUUUUUUUGUUAGGCGACUAGGGUGGUGACACCCUGAGUUAGUACGUGACAAUGUCUAGAGAUCGCAGGCUGGAGUCAAGUUUACAUAUAUACGCAUAUUUAUUUUGUACGCAUGCGUUUGCGCCCGCGUUGUGUGUGUGUGUGUGUGUGUGUGUGUGUGUGUGUGUGUGUGAGAGCGCGCGUAUGCCAUGCAUGACUUUCUGAUCUUUCUAUUGUACAAUCUUUAUAUGCAGUAUCAAGCAGAAUUUACAGCGUGCGCUUGUUAAAGUGUUCAGAAGAACUAUCUUAUCUAUAAAAUAUCCUGUUUACCGAGAAGUUUAAUGUAAUCAGUACUCGUUUGCGUCAAUUAGCAAAAAAAUACGAAGGGUGUUUGUAAAGUAAGUACCGUUUCAAAACAUUUUCAUGGCGGCGCUGUAUGUGCCAUUCUGUGGAUACGCACUGACUGCCUUCAUCCAUUAGCAAGCCAGUAGCAGUAUAGAGAACAGUCAUGAAGGCAAUCAGUGCGCGUCCACAGAAUUGCACAUACAGCGCGGCCAUAGAAAUAUUUUGAAAUCGUACAUACUUUACAAAAACCCCUUGUAAAAGAAAAUGGAGGAGAUUCGUGUGCCUGUACACGACAACUCGCCAUCGAUAGAGUACACCUUGCGUCCAAUAUCUUACACGUCUUGGUUUAUGGGCGUGGGCAUUGCACAUCCGCUAAAGUGUCCAAAGUUUGUGACGAUAGUCAUACGUAUCAUUCACUUGGUCAUUUGUACAGUGAUUCUAACAAUGUUCAUCCGUAACAACAUUUCUCAUUUAUCCAUAGAUUCAGUAGUAGAAUUCUUCUACAUCAUAGAUAGGAUGAUAUUUUUCGUUGCGGCAUAUUAUUACAUUUAUCACGGAAUCAGACAGUAUAACACGUGGCCAAAGCUGAUGGACAAAAUAAAGGAGCUUGAUCAAAAGAUUAGAAAAGAAACACACAUGAAUGAUGAACCAGUAAAAGUCAUGGAAGCAGUAGCGAUUCUUAUGACUUUUGUGUGUUGCCCUUUGAUCCCGAUUGUACGCUACCUAUAUGACUUUUUGACUUCAAAUUACAUUGCAAUUGACAGUCUUUUUUCUGAUUACAUGAUGGCACAGUCGAUGAUCAACAGCUUCUUCUUCGGUGUUGUCGUUUAUGUUCUGUAUUACAGAUAUAAAAUGAUAAAUAAGAUGCUCGGCCAUUUGGAACUAUCUGAUGCGCGAUUGAUCACGCUCAAGAUUAGACGCAUUAAAGAAUUGCAUAACGAUAUUUGUGACUUAGUUAUUGUGAUAAACGAUAUUCACGGUUUUUAUCUUCUUCUCUUCUCGGCAAACUGCUUCUCUAUUGUAACGACUGCACUAUUCUGUGGAUAUAUGGUUUUUAUGCUUAAUAGCUAUAAGGUGGCAUUGAUAUAUUGCAUAAUUUCGGUUAUAUACACUAUUCAAUUUGGUGUGAUUUGCUGGGCUUGCAAACUCGCGCGUCAAGAAUUCGAAAAAACCAAGACAAUUAUGUGUGCAAUUUCACUGAAAUGCCAAUCUAUGAAGUUUGAUAAACCGAACGAUACGAGGAAUCAAUUGAGUUUAGAGGUACGACCGUCAUUGGAAGACGCGAACAGCGAGCAAAAUUUUAAUUGGAGUCGCAAUUGGAAUUACGUUGCCAUGGAAAAUCUUUUGCGUAAAAUUAUGGCUCGAAACGAUGUCAAUACCGAAAUUAAUGACUUUUUUAUUCAACUACAACAUCAUCGAGUAUCAUUUACGGCCUGUGAUUUCUUUGAAAUGAACAAUAAUCUGUUCUGUGCUUUUAUCGGAGUAAUUUCCACAUACUUGAUAAUUUUUAUUCAAUUUACUAAUAAAUCCGAAUAAACGACAACUGAGUUUAACUUGAACUGGCAGAUUGUUAAUAUUAUACUUAUAUUAA